AGCUGCCGCCCAGCCGAGCCGAGCCGAGCCGAGCCGGCUCCCGGGCCGGGGGCAGCGAGCAGCGGGCAGCAGCGGCCGCCGCGCGCCCCUUCCCCGCGUGCCCCCGGGCGGCGCGGCGCGGCGCGGCGCGGCGCCGCCUGCAUGCGCGGGGCUCCCCCGGGAGCGGCGCCCGCCGGCAGGACGAGGCGGGCGGCGCGGGGAGCCGGCGGCCGUGGCCAUGGCCUCCAACUUCAACGACAUCGUCAAGCAGGGCUACGUGAAGAUCCGCAGCAGGAAGCUAGGGAUUUUCAGGCGUUGCUGGUUGGUUUUCAAGAAGGCUUCCAGUAAAGGACCCAGACGGCUAGAAAAAUUUCCAGAUGAAAAGGCAGCCUAUUUUAGGAAUUUUCACAAGGUAACUGAGCUGCACAAUAUAAAAAACAUAACCAGACUGCCUCGAGAGACAAAAAAACACGCAGUGGCAAUUAUCUUUCAUGAUGAGACGUCAAAGACAUUUGCCUGUGAGUCAGAACUGGAGGCAGAGGAGUGGUGCAAACAUCUUUGCAUUGAGUGUUUAGGAACAAGGCUUAAUGAUAUAAGUCUUGGGGAACCUGAUUUGCUUGCUGCUGGAGUGCAGAGGGAACAAAAUGAGCGUUUCAACGUGUAUCUUAUGCCUACACCAAAUUUAGAUAUCUAUGGGGAAUGUACAAUGCAGAUCACACAUGAAAACAUCUAUCUCUGGGAUAUUCACAAUGCCAAGGUCAAGCUGGUCAUGUGGCCUCUGAGUUCCCUGAGGAGAUAUGGACGUGACUCAACGUGGUUCACAUUUGAGUCUGGAAGGAUGUGUGACACAGGAGAAGGGCUGUUCACAUUUCAGACAAGGGAAGGUGAGAUGAUAUACCAGAAAGUCCAUUCUGCAACGCUGGCGAUAGCAGAGCAACAUGAAAGACUAAUGAUGGAAAUGGAGCAAAAAGCACGGCUCCAGACCAGUUUGACUGAACCCAUGACAUUAUCCAAGUCAAUUUCACUUCCUCGUAGUGCAUACUGGCAUCAUAUUACCAGGCAGAACAGCGUUGGAGAAAUCUACAGUUUACAAGGUCACAGUCUCGGUUCAACAAAGGUGUCUCGUGCACAGACGUUUCCCAGCUACACCUCAGAGCAGAGCGAGGAGCACCAGCAGUCCCUGUCGCUGUCUAGCAGCUAUGGAUUCAGCUACAGCUCAGGCCUCAUGCAGUGACAUACAGAGAGCAGCUGAUCAGAGAGACAGUCUAGCCUGGAACCUGCCAGUAGGGUCAGGAAGUCACUUGCAUCCUCAGCAAAAGACAAAAUGUAGUGAAAACUGAGGCAUAUCAGCUCCGCUUGGAUUACAAUGAAGAUUAAAAGCUGGAGUACAGCUUCCCGGAAGGAGAGGCUAAGUCUUUUAUUUAUUUUCUUCUAUUUUCUUUCGUCCCCAUAUAAAAAGAAAUAGAACUCCAGUUGUAAGAAAGUAAUUGAAACAAAUAAAAUCCUGUUGGUGCGAAGGUUUCUGCAUGACAGGACAUGCCCAUCCUGGGGUUGGAACAUGAUGACACAAUAUGAGGUUCUUGCCGUCCAUCUCCAUUGUCAAGUUUGCCUAUCUCCACACUUGAUGACAGUAUCCACUUUUAUAUCCUGGUGGCCACUUAUUGAUUCCAGUCGGUACUGUAGACGUGUUACCAGUUAAACAGCAUAUAGAUACUGCGUAUGUUAUCCUUAGAAAUAAGCAAAGUUGUAAUUCUAAAAAGGAACACCUUUUUAAUCAGGCUCCCAUAGCUACCAUGGCUAGACAGAUAUAUAUUGCGGGAUGGCAGGUUAACAUUUCCUAAUACAUUGGAAAAUAGAAUUUGUUGCGUUAAAAGUAAGAUCAUUACCUAGUGCAUAUCUAACCCUAAGUUUCUAGGGGCAAAUUGUGACCCCACUUGUGUGCACACAACUACCAUGAAUACCACCGAAAUCUGUGCACACAUAAUUAAAGAGAAGGAUCUGGCCCUGCAGAGUCACCUCUUCUGAAAAAAUAUUUAAAUAGCAAAGUCUGCUGUUUGACAAAUUGAAAAGAGGAGACGCUGUUCUUCAAAUCUGGGCCGAGUUCUUCGGUGUCAAUCUUACAUUCCUCAUUACAGACCAGGAUUCUCAAUUGUGCUAUAGCUGAGUUCCAUCCCUGUCCUUCUGGUUAGAGUUACUUUGGUUUUCUCAAUUUAUUUCCCAGAGAGGUUUGAGAUGCAAACUGCAUUGUGUAUGUGGUCAUGGAUCAAUUAUCCAUUUCACUUGAAAAGACUUGGAGUAAUUCUAAAUUAGAACUUUUUUUCUUUGAGGUGCAUUUAACAAAAAACAAACACCCCCUCCCCCCCCCCAAAAAAAACCCCCAAAACAAUAAACCAUGCAAAUUGGAAUUUGGAGUUUGGGAUUAGUAAGGGAGAACACUGAAAGCACCCCCUGAGGUGUGAGGAAUGAGUUUUAGCUGUUCUGAAGAGUUCAAUGUUCAUAACGGUUAUCAAUUAUUUAUGUACAGUAUGUGAUGCUUUGAAAUUUUUAAAACUGGAGAAGGAAAGAUCUGCUCACUGUAUUUUGUGUGAGGAGACCUUUUGCUCUAUUCCUGGUGUAGAACGGAUUGCCAUGAUUACCGAAGGAAUUUCCAUCAUUUGUUUGUUAGGAUUGGUAGAGGACGUGUAACAAGGAGAACCAUAGACUUUUCCAAGUACACAGUUUUCUCUCUUGUAAUUUAACUUGAAAAGGGUCAUUUUUUAUAAAAAGGUACAAAAGAAAUGUCUGCUUUUGAUUAAACCCUUAUUGAUAUGGUAUGCUCAGCUUCUGUCCAAACACUUUACAGGCUAACAGAUUGUAGUCUUACACACGUCAGUGAACAGCUGCUGAAUGAAAAAGGUUUGUGGUCUGUUUGAAUGAAUCAGUGGCAGCCUGCAACAAUCGAGUUUAUUUUUCUCUUUCUUUUCCUUUCUUUUGCUCUGUCUCCACCACUACCACCACAUUUACAAAUAGAACAGCUCCAUCUAUAUAACAUUUGGAUGGGCUAACACCACAGUGAAAAAUUACCACCCCACAGUCAACAAACUGCACCCAUAGUGCACUCUGAGAUGUGCCCAUCAGUACAAAUUCAUCUGCACUUCCCUUUUUGAAAAGGCAAUCAUGUUGACAUUUUGUUUCUGGGAGAAUGUUUGCAUUUGCAAAGAAUACAUGUAAAAUUCAGCACAAAGGGUUGGAUUUCCAGCAUGCCAAAUUUGUAUCAUUUGAGGUUCUGGCUCAAUAUUUUUACUUCUCUAAAACUGCAAAUGCUGCAACUUUCUCACAAAAUAUGUAUAUUACGCACUUUUUUCCUCUAAGUGUCUUGGUGUGAUUUUUGUUUUACAUUUUGUCAUCUCAAAUAUCACAUUCAUAUGGUUUGCUUAGUGAUGCAAAAACUUCUUACUUAAUAUUUAUGGUCCAAAGUAUAAGAAUAUGGCAAGAUAAAAAACAAAUACAGGGACACUGGAAGUUCUUUCUGGCCACAUGUCUAUAUAAUUCCACAUCCUGUCUCUGGUGGUGGCCAUUGCUUGUACUUAAGACGAGAAGAUAAAACUCUACAAUGCACUCUAUUGCAGGGAGGUAGGAUAUCUGCUUUCUAACCCAGUUGGUGGCCACCUCUUCUAGUAAUGCAUGAGAAAAGCCUGUGUACUUUUAGCCUACACAUCUGCAUCAUUCUGGGCUUGUAAAUAACCAGAUGUUAUUCAUAAUAAAAGGAUUAGCCACCUACAGUAAUUUCAUUAAUUUGCCUUCACAAUAAUAUACAGCAAUAAUUUUCAAACAGAGCAUAUAUAAGUACUUGUAGCAAUUUUUUGCAGCCACAGGUAUGCAAUUAAUUCCAUGAUAAAGGAUGGGAACUAGAUUCCAAAAUCUAUUGAGAAUCUGUUUUAACGAAAAUAAACAUGUAAAGAAGUUAGAGAUAGAAGCAGAGGCACUUACAGUACCCCCAUUAGUUGGAAAUUGGACCCCUGAGAACCAGAGGCAGGUGAAUAAAUGAAGUGAGUUCAUUAUUUGUGCCACUUCAGAACAACAGAUGAUAACCACUUUCAAGGGCUUUAUAUGAUAUCCUCAGAAAUGAUCCUCAAAAAAUGUACUUCCUAGGAGAACUGGAACUGGCAGGUAAUACUUGAGGGUCUUACCAGAAACACUGCCUCGAUGGAAUUGCUUUAACAUAUACCUGUUCUAUAAGAUGAGUGAAUUUUCACUGAGACACCUUUUGACAGCUCCUAGUGGUUUUGCCAGAAGGAAGACACCCUUUUGGCUCACUAACAUGGUUGAGCUGCUGCCUAGAGACUACAAGGCUCCGUAAGGGACCUGGGGAUCACAAAGAUCCCUGUUCAAGUCUCGGCUUUGUUCAUGUGCAAGAUGCACAGACAGCAAGUCCCCUCCUAAACCAAGAGAAAAAGCACUCUAAUUUCAGCUACAUGGCUGUAGAGAGCAGGAGGGCAACGUGUCUUCAGUGGUACCCAGAUACAACCAAGAAAUGUAAAAGGUUACCAGUUUUAAAGCUGUUGUUUUUAUCAUGUUCUGGUGACAUGAAUACGUUAACUGUAAUUUUAAACUUUGAGGAUACCUGGGUGUAUAUUUGUCCCUGUAAACAAGUGGUGCACUGCAUAGUUAUGCCUUGUGACCAGAACAUCUCAAAUACUAACGUGCUAAAUUGCAACACGCUGGUGUUUCUAAGCUAUAGAAUUCACUUAGGACAGGAAAGGAGAAGCAGGAUGAAGACGAGUGUGAUUUUAAGGCAGCAGAAGAUCCUUAGAGUGCACUCCCUGUUUUGAAACACCUACAUUUUGGUCAUUAUGUGUCACUUCAAAUUGACUUUGAGUGCAUCCUGUCCUUACGACAGAGCUUUUUGUCUGUCCACUUUCAAAAAGCUAAACAUCUUACAAUCUAAAACACACAGUGUUAUUUGUAGAAUAAGCCUUUGAGCUCUGUCUUGGACUUCUCAGUUCUGUUCCCAGUUCCACACCUGCACCCUAUCCUAAGAGAAUUUGGAGAGGAAGUGAAAAAAAGACAAACUUAACAAGAAAAAAAGAUUUACAAAUAUGUUGGUAAAAUAAAUAUAGGAAUUAAAUGUUGCCCAACUAGCCAGGGAAGCUGUUCUGUUUCAUUCUAGCAAAGGUCUAAUAGAGUUUGUAGCAAAAGUUUGCAAUUGAUAGCAUUAAAAUAAGCAGGAAUUGCAUAGUAAAUAAAAAGCACACUGGUUUAAUUGCUUUUCUUUAGCCCAGCCUGUUUUUACAUGAUACAGGUUUUGGGACUCAACAUCUGAAAAAUAAAGUUUUAAAGUGGUCUCUGCAGCAAUAAUUUAUAUACUUCAGCCUGCAAGCAUCCUGUUUGGUUACUCAUUUGGUGAGCUGUAGGCAGCCUCUAAGAACCUCUGUCUUUAAAUCAUGGGUAGUACCCCACCAACAGACAUCCGUCCUAGCUUGCAGCAAACACCUAUGUAUGCUGGAGAGAGUUGCAAUUCAGGUUUAUUCCUUUAUCAGCCUUGACUUUAUCAGCACUUCGACAGGUGUUACUUAGCACCAAAAAUGCUAGUGAUUUCUGAGACGUCUAUGCAGUAAGAACUGACUGAGAUCUCAGCACAGACUACGGUUACCAGCAUUCUGGGCUGGAUUUUAAUGAGUAACUAAAACCCGAAGGCUUGGUCUCCUAUGACAAGAUCUCAGACUUUUGAAGCACUACACUUUCUAAGAUGAAAUCCAGCAUUAUUAAUAUGCAACUAUUCCUUCUAGUGAAGAAACCUCUCUCUGCUCAUUUCCUCCUAGUUUUUAGAGUUUCUAAGCUUUUAGUCAUUUUAUAGCUUCAUGCAUACAAAAAUACCCUUUCUACAAAGUUGAGAAAUGAAAAUCAGGGCAUAGGAAGCAGGAAACCCUUAUUUGAUUAUGGGAAGAGUGAGCUCCCACAGAACUGAAAUGACUUUUCUUUAACAGAGCAGUGGCAUUUGUUUUCUUUUUUUUUUCCCAUAAGAAUUUACUGGUCAACAUACAAACACUAGGUUCCCAUGACCCUUCCUGCCACCCCUCCCCUGUGCAAAAUAAGCUUAUAUUUUGCUAGUAAAAUGUAGCUGUAUUGCACAUUAUUGCAGUGACACAGCUGUAGCGUUUGAACUAUGAGAUUAAGUUUUGAUGCAACAUAUAAGUUUCGUGGAUGCGAACUCUUCCCCUCCUGAAAACAAUAGCUUAUUCUUUUUUACUAUAUACAAGUCUUUAACUAUUGAUUGAUUUUCUAAAAAAGUUGUAUGAUAUUUGAACCACAAGGGAGUAAGCCAAAUAAACACCUAUCAGAAUAAAAUGAAUGUUAAGGGUCACAAAGAUACGAGAACCAGAGCUGAUUAUCUGACAGCUACUGAGGUAACAUUAAUCAGGUUGCCUCUGUAAGCCUAGCCGCUCAAAAACAAUGAAGUCAAGGAAGAAAGGGGAACAAUAAAUAAGUCCACUUAUUUAGGUAUCAAAAUAUCCGGUUAGAAGUCUGGGUUUGAUUUACCAGAGUGAAAUCAAAGUUAUGUUGAAGUUAAUGGGUUUUUUGCCAUAAAAUAUACUCUUCACUUUUUUUCUGCAGUUUAUUCCUAUAUUUGAUAAACUAAGUUUGUCUUUCAGUUGUGCCUUACAGCCUACUCGAGCUUAAAAGUGGGCAUAACUGAGAAGAGAUUUUGUCCUAUUUCUUUCAUUUCUCAUUGUUUGGUGAGUAUGUAAAAAUGCUCCUGAGAAAGUAGUUAAGCCCUUUCUGAAUUUCACACUGAACAGUAUUGAGAAAGGUUACAUUUUCGCCAUAUUCUUUUUAUCCUGGUGUGUGGGAAGUGUCAGGAGAAUGAUUGAAUACAUUUGCAUCAUUCUGUGCUUGUUACAAUCAUAGCAUUGUCAAGAAAAUGGAUAUAUUUUUCAGUGUUUUUUCCUGUAACCUUUUUUGUGAUCAAAGUUAUACCCCAUUUUUAAUGUACAAUAAAUUCUUGUUCUUGGCAUAUAUUUCAUUGUCUUGUAACAAAGACUGUUAUAGGCACAGAAAAUAGCACAAAAUUAAUCCAGUCUCUUGAGAAUUUUACACCAAUAAUGAGAACAAAGAUAGCAUUUACACAUCUAUUCUCAUCACUGCUCUUUCAUGAAGAAGAGAACACGGUACAAAAUAACGCUUUCUUUGUGUCAAUAUUAAUACUGUAAUCUUUUAAAGCUCUUCUGUUGACAGGAGGUGUUUCAGUUCUAGAGGUGCUUUUAUAAAAGUUGUCUUGCAUCUUCAUACUAUUUUAAGAAAAAUAGGCAAUGCAGAAAAAUAGUAUAAUGGAAUUAUGCUAACCAUUAUACUAUAUAUGUACUCGUGCUUAAUUUAUUGGCACUGUAUCUUGCAUCAAAAAGAGCACAAGAGCAAACAGUCGUGUUCUCAGGAGAAAGUAGUAGGGUUCUCAGAGAGGCAACAGAAAGGCUAAGAAGUAUCACAGUUUAGGAGACAUGAAACACAUAUAGUACUGUGGCCUGCAACAUACUUCAUUAUAAUGUAUAGCUUAGACUAUUGGAAGUACAUUAGUGGGAGGUAAGAGCAGCACCUUAUGCUCAACUCUGAUCACAAGAUAAAACUCAAGUAGAAGAAUGUAUAGCAUAGGGAAGGUCAAAUGAGUGCCCAAAUUAGCCUUUUCAGAAUACAACAGUAGCAAUCCAGUUAAGGUGCAUUGUUUAAUCCAGAUGCAAAUCUCUCUCUCUCUCUCUAUAUAUAUAUAUAUCUACACAUAUCUAUAGAUAUAUAUAUUUGCUGUAUAAGUUAUGGAAUUCACUGCAGCAGUAUAUUAGUAAAACAAACAAUUUGAAGCAUUUCAGAAAGGAUUAAACACUGAGAUAAAUAAAAAUGGUGUCUGUGGUUAUUAUAGAUUAAAAAAUGCAUACAGUGUGUUCAGUCCUCAUGUUUUAGGCCAUGAAAUCACUCAUAAAUGAAUUCUAGUGAAAAUAUGCCUUACACAUUACAAUUAUGGGUUUUUACAUCUUCCAGAGGAUGCAGUAGAACUCCUAAAAAGUCUAUCUUCUUGCCAACCUUCUUUUAGUUCUGAAAAAAUGUGGUAUUGACAGAAUAUAUUUAAACAGAAUUAAAAUAUAUGCUAAUCUACUUAAAAAUAUGAGAAAAAAGUGCUGCAAAAUGUACAUCUGUUUGUAGGUUAGCAUGCCUAAUAACCUAAUGAUCCCUUAAAUCAUGAUAUUUAAUAUUGUAAAUUACUUAAAGUUUGCCAGAGAAAUUGCUGUAACAGUCUAAAUAAAAAAUAUAUAUCAACAACAUUUUUUAAAAAUGCUCUAAAAUGCAUUGAAACUGGCUAUUUUGUCGUAAAAGGUGAAAAUAUGCUCUUUAUUAAACAUUGAAAUGUAUUGGGUACUUCCAUUAUCUCUUUCACCCUUGCACCUUGUUGGCUGGUAAAAUGGCUAUGCUUAAAAAUUUGCCAAUUGCCUUAGAUAGCUUCAUACAUUUACCUUGGUAUUCCAGCAAUUUCCUAUAUUAUGUAUAGGGAAGUAUAAGGCAAUGCCAUAGCAAAGAUAGCAAAGUCAUCUUUUUAACUAAAGGUGAAUUGGUAGAUUUUUGUAGGUAUCGACCUACCAAAACAGAUGCAUCCCAUAUGAAUAUUUGUAAUAAACACAUUUUGCUAGCAGAAUGUAAUGGUAUAAUGGUGAAUUUAAUGGUAGAAGUCAGUUCAGUUUUAUGAGUCCUGGGGAUAGUUGCGAAAUUUUGAAAAUAUUCCAUAUAAUAUUUUGGUUGGGAUCUUCAUUGGUAGAAAAUUAUUACAUAGAGUUAUUUGUUUCAAAAUAUAUUGUAUUGGUUUUCACUUUGCCCAAGGUCCAGGAUUGAGGAGCUACCUGAGUUGUUUAAAUUAUAGCUCAGCUUUGAUUAAGACAUCAAGUAAGUCCCAUUUUCAAAGUUAUUUUGGUCCCUGGGCAGGAAAUACUUUAGAACAAACUUGUCUAGGAGCAAUGGGGAACGAAUAUAGCACGCAUAGACCCUGGCACCACUUAGAUAACCUAAAAGGUGAACCAGGCCCUGUAUAUCUUAUAAAAUUAUUCAGAAAUUGGAGGGAGUCAUCUGAUGAACAUUGAAAGUCAGGGGGAGGGGCAGGAACAGAAUUAAUGGGCAACAUGAAGUAUGUACAAAACAGAUUUCAGUCACAGCAUUCAGCAAGGAUGUUUGGGACCAGGUCCAUGAAGGUAAAUAGAUGCCUAACUCAACCUCCCUUGAAGAUCUGUGGCCAGAUUCAAAUCUGGUUUCAAAUCUACACUUAGGCAUUAGGGCCGCAUCCAGACGAGCAUGGCCGUGCGGUAUGUGGAGCCGCAGACAUGUCUGUGGUGCCACAUAUUGCACGUUCAGUUGUUCUUCACACUGCAAGGGAGCAGCAAGGAAGGUUUCUUUGACCCCUAGAUAUCCAGUGGUCAAAAAAAACUGUGGAGGAAAAAAAUGGGAGCAGAGCACGCAUGGGCAGUGUGCACCACUCAGAAGCAGAGCCAGGCAACCCAGAGCCAUGCUGGAGCUGCCGGUCAGGCUCCACAUGGCAAAAACGCCACUGCUGCAGCCCUGGGAGGCCCCCAGGACCCCAAGUAAGGCUAGUGCCCCGGGGUAAGUUGCUGCACGCCAGGGGGUGCAUGGCAUAGGCAUUCUCUGGGGACAGCUAGAGGUGGCACAAGUUUGUGCCACCACUAGUUGCCCCUGGGGAACCAAACAUCCACACCACACCACACCACACCAAACAUCCACACCAUAACCACUAACUACAAAGGCAUGCAUCCUUUUUGUCUGGCCCUGUGGCUCUUGCAGUCUUGCGCUCUGACUCCUAAAGUAUAAGUACUGUAGCCACCUUAGUUCAGUAGUGCCAGUAAGCAAUGUACUUUGCUCUACUGUAGGCUCCAAAAAUUUGGGGUACCUAGAACCCAGGUCUCUCACCUCUUGUAUAUGCUCACUACUAGGUUAUUGGGCAAAAGGUGGGCUCUUACUCAUUUUAAUACUAUCAAUGCAAGUGAGGCAGGUUCCAGCAUGGCUAAUGGAGCAUGCCUUUCCUGGGGCCUAAGCAAAGUUUAGAUGCCUCCCAGCAUCAACAGGAAUUACUACAGAGCUUCAGUAGCAGUUAGGCAUGUAAGUAAAAAAUUCUGUGACCAUAUAAAAACUCAAAUGUAAACAUGGAGGGAGUUUUGCAGUCCAAAGCAAAGGCAUCUAAGAAAUCUUAUUUCACCUUUAUGUUCCUCAGUUCUGCAUCCACGUAUACAUAGCUGCAUAAGCACAGUUUUUUCACAUUUACACAGAUUUUGGAUCCUAUUUUCCUCCUGUGUCUGCUCAAAAGGUGCCAUCAUAACCAAUCAGCCAUAUAAGAGAAAAACUAGGUGCAAGUCUUCAACAGUGUGGCCAGAGAAGACUCACUGCUAGAAAAAGGUGGUUUCCAUCUUUCAGUGACUAGCCUAGUAAUUAAAAUGCUUGCUCAUGGAGUGGGAUACUCAGAUUCCUGGCUUCCCUGCCCCCACCUUGUUUGGAGGGUAUUUAAACCUGCAUUUCUUACUGCCCAAACAAUUGCUCUAAUCACUACCAUCAGAUGGGCAUACCUCAAGUUAGUCUAUGGCACUCCUCUUGAAGACCCACUAGACAGUCAAGAGUGGAAGAUAUGUGAGGCCUGGAAGUCAGUAGGCUAUAAGAACUAUAGCUUACUAUGGUAGACUUCACCCUCAAGGUGAGGCACCUCUAGCUCUGCCCUAACUUCACGCUCCAAUGGGUCAAAAAGUAUGCUAGUGGUGUCCAUCCCUUUUAUCCAGUGACAACGCAAGAGGGAUAAAAGUCAGUGAGCUGGGAGUAUAGCCUAGAAUCCAGGACCCCUUCCUUUGUAGGGCACUACUUAGCUUACAGUGCCAUAUAACUUCUGGCUUAUUUUCUUCAUGGCCCUGCAUUUCUUCCCUGUUGGCUUUCUACUGAAGCAGCUUCAUGUUGACAAUUAGCUACUUCUCUGGUCAACACUUAGCCCAUACCCUGCUGAUUAACACUCUAGUAAGAAGUGGGAAACACAUUCAAAUCCUCUCUGAACAAGGAAAAUUAAGAAACUACUCUUCCUGGGCAAAGACCCUUACUCAGUGGUUUUCAAACUACCUAAAGUCACAAAAUGCUUUCAUAUCACUUCUUCUGCCCCAAGACUCCUACCCCUAGUUCUGUGGGCUAUGUGAGCUGAUGUGGAGCUAGGAGACCUGGCCUACCAAUGGCAGCACACCCUGACCCAGCCUGCUUUGCCAUUAUCCCCAAGUGCUUUGUAGUAGAACCCUAAUGUCCUACCAUGCUACCCCAGGGUACUAAAGAACAGUUUGAAACCCACUGCUCUCACCUUUAAGUUAUCAGCCUGAAAUGUGGGAGCCAGAAUUUUGCACCUCUGACUGGCAAGAGUUUUAAGCAGUCCCAACUGGGUAGGGGGUUUGAGGGUUGGCCUUCAGUGGCUAAUGCAGGAGCAGAGGUGUAACAGGGCAGCUGUACAUCUUGGGCAGUGGCAGCACCAGCUGCUAGCAGUAGCAGUGUGGCCAGUCACAGCUGUAGCUAUUUUUUGCACCCCUUCUUCCCCAAAAGCAUCACCUGUGGCUACUGUCCCCAUUGUUGCCCCCUCCAAGUAAUGUUAAUAUGCAGGGCUUAGGAGGAAAUUAGGUCCAGAGAUCCUUCCUGAAGACACCUCAGUCCACUGCUUCCCAACACCAUUCCCUCAUCCAAAGCCUUCCACUGCUAGCAAACACAACCACCCUCCCCUGAAGGGAGGCAGAGGUGAAGGCAAGUCGAAAGUAUCAUGUUUGUAGGGGGGCCAUUAUAGAGGACAUUCCGGUUUUCUGCUACUCUGUCCUCUGUCCUCUAUUGAUACGAAACCUGAUGCCUUUAUGUCCUCUAUUUUUCUCUUGACGUCAAAAAUAAAGGACAUAAAGGCAUCAGGUUUCAUAUUGCCAGAGGACAGAACCAAUAGAGGACAACUGGACUGUCCUCUAUGAUGACCGCCCUACAUGUUUGUUAUGAGGGCAUUACAAGGACAGAAACCAUCUUUGGGACAUAGGCACAAAAUUAAGUAAAUACAGUACUAGGGAAAAUAAUGCAGUAUUCCAGCUCUCCUUCAUAUUCCUCCUACACCCAGGGUAUGAUCUUGAUCUUCUUUCUGGCUCAUGAAGCCAAAAGAUGGCUGCUUUCAUAGAUUGAAGUUCCUCAGUAGCCAUUUCUUCCAAGCGUUUUGUAUUAGAAAAUGGAGAGCUUUUCUUUAACGUAUUUUACGUUUGAAAGUUUUGACAAUGCCAUAAAGCACAGGAUUUCCCUUUAAACAUGAAUCAAUGGUAUACUUGUUUGUUUCUUUGCACACAACAAAAAUAAAUACUGGCAAUGUGUUAGUACUAGCAUCACUGAAAACAAGCCAUCUUACCUUUUAUUCAAAAGCUUUAAAUCAGUACAAUGUCAUUUUCCAUAUUACACAGUGAUUAAAUAUUUACUAAAUAACUGUAUGAAAAUGUGCUUUAAUUCAGAUAAAUCCUCAUCAGAUGUAUCUUAAUUAUACUGUGUUUCUGGGACUAGACUUGGGUGAAGGGGAAGCGUUGUUUUUGUUAUCCUUAAGUAAUGCAAAAUGGACUGUGGUAGACACAUACGUUGGCUGCUGUCUUGUACUUAUGUUACCAAUAAAGUGUUGAUUUAUAAAUUAUUUGGACAAGCUUUAAAGGGAAAAAAACCCAAAUAAACCCUCUAUUUCAAUCCUAUUUACAAACACCUUCAUUGAUGCUAUUUUACUGUUAAAAUCAGUCAUAAAGUCCCAAGAGCUACCUUAAAAGGAGCCCCCCCAAAGACUAACUUUACAACAUGCAAAUUUUGAAAUAGCAUACCAUCCCCACCUCCACCCAUAUUCAUAAUGCAAGAGGUUUAGAGGUCAAUAACUUAUAUAAGCCACCCUUGCUUAGACAUUUUCCCUACAUUGGUUGUCACUAGAACUGAUUUGUAGUUACUCCAUACAGGGCGCCUGUAAAUUGUAUGUAAACUUAGAAACUGACUUGUAAUUAUGUGGUAUCCAUUGGCAAAUGACUUAACUGACUUAUGACAACUAAUUUAUUUCUCCUGGCCAGGUUCUUUUUUUCUGAAGUCACAUUAUAACUUACUGAGUUUGGGCCAUUAAAGACAUUGACAUAUUUCAUUUUGGUUUUUUUUAAUGCUUUCAACUGAUGUUCAGCUGCUGUUCACUGAUACUACCAUUUACUAGAAAAAUAAAAAUGUUGCUUGGUCUGCUAACUGGAAAAAAAAUUAAGUUAUUGCCCUUAAUAUGCUAUGUGUAAUGUGAUAAUUUUCCCUGUGAACCAUCCUGGUAGAAGAAAAACAUCUAUGGAAUGUGAAUUAAAAUAGAUUGAAUAAAUGCAAAAGUGUGAAGUAUAGAUUUUUUUCCCCUUAAAGCUGGCAAACAUGGAAUUACGUUUUGGGGAGUAAAAAAAAAUGAGCAAAAAAUGUAAGGCCCCUCAAUUCCAUGUCAGCGAAACAAGGACACUUAUCAGAAACCAACCAAAAUAAACAAACUGAUUCUACAGCUACUCAAACCAAAAAAUUAUUCUCAGUAGAAACAACUCCUCUUUAUGUUAUGUUGAAUAAUCUGGAUACACUUGGAGGGGAAUCUGUGCCUCUGAGAGAGGGGGACACUACCAACUUUGUGGUUUAUAUAUGAUGUGAUAUUAGGAGCUCUGAUUUGGAUGCUUACACGUAAAGCAGUCAUUAUAUUAUCUUUUUGGCAUUUAAAUAUAAAUGGGAUCACCAGAUCUCUGACAGAGGAAAGCCCCACUGCUACAGGGUUUUACUUGUAAUACUGUGUACAAUUAAGAAUGAUAUGGUAUGACAUUUGAUAACUCAGGAAAUAAAUCAAAUUAUUAAUAGUACAUUUCUGUGUAGCCUCAUCUACAUGAUGCAAAUCCAUAGGUCAUGUGCAAACAUUUAAUAUUUCUUAACUCCUUCAGUAGGUGGAAAAAGUAAAGUACCCCUUGUAAUGUGUAUAGGUAUUUGUUAAGGCAUUCACAGAGCCAAAAAGUGAUGUUUUCUAAUGGUGUUUGACAUUGUAAACAAUGAAACUCUUCAAUGAUAGGUUAAAGGAUGUUUUGUUUGGGUUUUUAGUCUUUAGCACUUCUCAAUUUUAGCUGAAGUAUAAGAUAACUGCACAAUGCUGUGAUCUACCCCAUAGUCUGAAACACAUGUGCCCACAUGAUGACCAGAAGAAUCUAGAUCACUGUUUUCUCAUUCACAUGAAAACAGCUUUCUGUUGGAAGAGACUAAGUAGAAAUUGCUUUUGCUGUCAGAUUGCUGCCAAUGCUCUUUCCCAGCCAAACUAAGUGGCAAUGAUAAUGAAUCCUUAGGCAGAAUAAUGUUGCCUUUUCCCUCCUUUUCUAGGAUGUUCAAGUUCAAUGCUAUUUUCACUAAUGUUUCAAGAGAAAAAAGGUACCAUGCAAAACAGGAGUGAUUCAUUGGUCCUGGCAUACAGUAUAUCGUAUGUUAUGGCAUAAUAGUAUGCAGUUGUAUGAGACUAGUAGUCUUCAUGGUAACACCCUCAGUUAUGUGGGUUCUGUCCUCCAUGACAAAGUGAUCAUUCUACACAUGCACACAAACAUUCCCUGAAAGCACUUGUGUAAAGGGCCAACAGGAUGUAUAGACACUCCCCACUUCUUAGGUCUGUCUUCUGGUUUUCUUUCUUUGGGGAUUUUUCUUUCUAUUUGUGUGUUUUCUUCUAUAGGUUUCUGCAAAAUAUAUAUACAUAUAUAUAUACACACACACACAUCUAUAUAUGUGCGUGUAUAUACAUAUAUAUCAAUUUGUGAAUGUUCUUAUCCAUGCUUUUUCUGCUUUGCCUCAUUUACUCAUGUAUUCUCCAUGGUCUCAUUUAUUUUUUGUGCAACUAAAUCUUACAAUAAAUUAUUAUUAACUAUAA